UCAACAUCAAAAAAACUGAAUCCUCCAUCCCCUUCUUCUCAUCUCAUCGCAUCGUAUCGCAUCAUAUGCUCAGGUAUCUUUGACUGUCAGAUCUUACAGUAAGGAUCCUUGGUUUCCAGACAUGUCAAGCUCCAAACGCAAGCAACCAGAUGAUUUCAAUUCACCCAUCUUCACCAACAAGUCUCGUGCACGAUCAACAGGCGAGAGCAUUGCACGGAUCGAUCCGACCUAUGGCCAGAAAUUUGCGCUUCCUGGCCUGGACAAAGAUACAAGGGAGGAUGAUGGAGACAGCUUGAACUAUGACGAAGAGACGGAUGCCAUCAGCUACCUGAUGUCUGUACGGUAAGAAUUACUUUCAAUCUAAUGUGGUUCAUCAUCAAACAUCUUUGCUAAGACUCCUACUAUAGAACAGUGCUGACAGGUGUUUUUGGAUAGACAAGAAGCAAGUAGCAUUCCCAAUCUACUGGUUGCACCAAAAGAUGAUAAGGAAGACCACAAUAUAUAUGAGAGCGGAGCCAGUGACCACAUAGCCCUAUACAAAGAUGGUGCAUACUAUGCUGCUCCCUCUAGCGACAACGAAGACGAGAGCUCAAACCACGACAACAACAUUGCAUAUUUCGAUUCUAUCCUUGCCCGUUUUGAGAUCCUGCGCAUACAACUCCAGCAAACCCCACCCGCAGAAUUAAUUGCCCAAUUGGGACCCGAUCACCCAACCUACAUUGGGACGAUGAAUACAGCUACCGCACGUUUGUGGAGGUGGAAGAUGAAGAAUGUGAACCCCAAACCUGCCCAAGUUGCUACCAUGGAUAAGAGAACGGUUCUGAAAUUGCUUGGACUCAUAACCUCCGGGAACCUGUUGCGCCAGGGCACGAAGACUGUAGAUGUGGGUGCCAGUCGCUGGGCUUGGAGUUUACUUGCCAGAUUACCCGAGCGGGGCGAGUUGACAAGCGAAGAGAUAGGUAUGGUGAGAGAGUUGGGGAAGAAGGCUGUUUUGGUAGGAAUGGGGUUGAAAAUAGAUACAGACAUGAAUGAGGGCAUCGCUGAACUGGAGGGCAAUCAAGAAGGCCAAGCAGAAGAAGGAGAGGGGGAUAUUGCUGUUGUUAAUGACGAAGAAAUUGAUCUAGAAGAGGACGAGGAAGAUGGAGAGGUGGACCUUGGCAUGAGCCACAGCCAUCCACCACAAGCGAGAGAUCUCCAGACCCCUAUCAUGAAAUCAGACCCGGCAAAUAUUUCCCACGGGACACCAGAGAAGGAAACACUUACUCACAUUGACGACGCAGGUAUUCUUCCUCUAGGUACCACAAGCACGCAGGAUGAGUUAGCAGCAGCCAAAGCACAGAUGCUUCAGGCGUUGGACAACCCUACACAAGACGACCAAACCGACAUUGCUCUGGAGAAAGUGGCACCUGAAGCUGAAGAAACCCCAACAGCCCCUGAUGAUUCAGACAACUGGAAUACAAAAGCAACUAUUGACAUGAUCCUCACAGUGGCAGGAGAAAUCUUUGGACAGAGAGAUCUUCUUGAAUUCAGACAGAUAUGGGAUCAGGUUGGUUGACGAGAUAUCUGGAUUAGUAUUGGCCAAUUUGUGAUAACAGGUUUGUACAUCUUCCAGCGCGGAUACCCACAUGUUCUUAGCUAAAUGCCAUUUGUCCUAUGGGUUCUUGAUGAAUCGCACAGAAUCUUUGAGGUUCACGGGACGAAUCAGAAUAAUGUUUUGUAAUUAAGAGGGAAUCAAACAAAAUG